GCCCUGGCUCCAUCGGGUUUUGCAGCGCGCAGAGAGUGCAGCUCAAUUUCGCAAGUCAUCAACUAGGAAACACUUGGAAACAACAUGGCUCAUGGAAUGUCAGCAACCGUAAGGGAAGUGUUCGAGGAGAUAGCUCCGAUAGCUAAAGAAGCGCAUGGUAAAGUGACCGUGGUUGGAGUUGGUCAAGUGGGUAUGGCAUGUGCCUACACUAUCUUGCAGCAGAACAUCGCUCACGAAAUAUGUCUUGUGGAUGUAGUGGCUGACAAGCUGAAAGGAGAAAUGAUGGAUUUGCAGCAUGGCUUAGCUUUCACUAGACGCUGCGUUGUCAAGGCCGACACGGAUUAUUCUAUCACGGCUGGAUCAAACCUCUGUGUGAUUACGGCCGGAGCCAGACAACGUGAAGGAGAAACUCGCUUGUCACUUGUGCAAAGAAAUGUCGAGAUCUUCAAGGGCAUUGUGCCAAGACUUGUUCACUACUCGCCCGAAACUAUCAUUAUGGUAGUCUCAAAUCCUGUCGAUGUUCUCACCUAUGUUACCUGGAAGCUUUCUGGGUUACCUAAAGAACGUGUUUUCGGGUCCGGAACAAAUCUCGACUCCGCCAGAUUCCGCUUCCUACUGUCCGAAAAACUGCAUAUUGCCCCGUCAUCUUGCCACGGCUGGAUUAUUGGCGAACACGGUGACUCUAGCGUUGCUGUGUGGUCUGGAGUGAAUGUUGCUGGAGUGACGUUAUCGAAUGUGAAAGCCAACAUUGGUGCUUUGGAUGACGAUGAACAUUGGGAGGAAGAUAUACACAAGAAAGUCAUCGAAAGUGCCUAUGAGAUCAUCAAACUGAAGGGCUACACAUCUUGGGCAAUUGGUCUCUCCGUGGCUAAGAUCGUUCAAGCUAUCAUGACAAAUUCUCGCAAUGUCUUUGCGCUUUCCACAAAUGUCAAAGGUUUCCACGGAAUUACUGACGACGUCUACCUUUCCUUACCAGUUGUCUUAGGAUCAACUGGAAUCACGCAUAUUGUAAAGCAAGCUCUGAGUCCCGGUGAAGUUGAACAAUUGAAGAAAAGUGCGGAAGCUUUACUGAAAGUGCAGAGCGAUCUCGUAAUCUGAAGAUCUCUCAUUUGAAUACAUCUUCUAUUGUGUCUAAGGAACAGUAUAGCGUAAUACGUAUUGAAUGUUGAACUGUGCUUGUUAUCGUUUUGUGUGUCGUACAUAUUCGGCGUUUAACGCUUAAUAAACGCUAGAUCAUUCC